UGACAUUUAUCGACGUAUCGUAUCGGUUCUGGGCCAAAGGAAAGACGAAUAUGAAAAUGGCUGCUGCUACUGAAAUAUUAAGUAUACCAGAAGAAAAAGUGACAUUAGAAAAUAAAAUGUAGAGUUAUUCAAUCUGGAAUUAAUUUCAGGUAAUAUUGACUAGUUUAUUGUUUCGAACGUUUAAUAAAUAAACGUAGUUCUACGAGUGUUCGUAAUCGUAAUUAUGGGCGGUUUCGAAGUAGUUUGCUUUGACAGCUUAUAGCUUGACAUUUUGACAAGCGAACAGACGUAAAUAUUGAGCCAAAUAACAGGCUAAUCAAAUGUGUCAUUAAAUAAGGAUCUAAAAAUAAUUCUAAUAUCGUUGUGAGAAUAUGAUCAGUAAAAUCAUUGAUCAAGAAAAUGGUGCCGCCAUGUAUUUCUUCUCAAUAUAUUAAAUCUCCAUAUAUUAUCUACGACGAAAACUGUUAACAUUUAAUAACUAACUUUUAAGUAUGAACAUAAUGCGCAAAUUAAGAGGGGGCACAAGUGUCGGAGGUAUGAGUACCAGCAAUAUGGGUAGUUUAGAUGAAUGUACAAACAGUGCGAAUCCCCAACACACUGCUUUGGGUCUUAUGCACCUGAAAAAACUCUUUUUUGAAUAUAGCCAUCCUCCGCAUCCCCUUUCUGAUGCUGAACGUGAUGAUAAAUUGUAUAAUAUGUUACCGUUAUUUUGCAAGGUAUUUGGCUCUAGUCCUUCUGGAGAUAUGAAUGAAAAAUUUUGGGAUAUUUUAGCAUUUACACAACAAGUUUCAAGAUUAAUGGUAACUGAGAUUAGAAGAAGAGCGAGUAACCAAAGUAUUGAAACUGCGAGUUGUGCUAUUGUUAAGUUCUUAGAGAUAGAAAAUAGCGAAGAAUCGAGUAAUGGUUGGAUGUUAUUAUCGGCAUUAAAUUUACUCGCAGCAGGAGAUGCAUCUCUAAUACAGGCAAUGACCGCUGCAUCUGUUCCAUCGACAUUGGUUAAAUGUUUAUAUCUAUUUCUUGACUUACCUGAGAUGAACGAAGAGGAAGCUGACAUUAAUGACGCAAACAGUGAAUUUACACCUAGGGAACGUAGAAUAUUAUUACAGAAAAUAUUUGUUCAGUUACUAGUGCGUUUAUGCAGUCAUUCAUAUCCUGCGGAAGAACUUGCUCGUAAAGAUGAUUUGACGUUGUUAUUCUUAGCAAUCACAAGUUGGUGUCCUCAAUAUAAUGUUAUGUGGCGUAAAAGUGCUGCUGAGGUUUUAAUGACAUUAUCCCGACAUGGUCUUACGCAAAAUGUAGUAACCUACAUACAUAAUAAAGGAUGUAUAUCAUCGUGUAUUGAAAAUAUGCAACGUGUACCUGAGCUUGCACUACUGGAAGUUGUAGAAAUGUUUGUUACAGUAUUUUGUUUCUUAAAAGAUUCUAGUGAAGUAUCGCAAACACUUUUAGAUGAUUUUCGCACUUGCCAGGGAUACAUUUUUUUAUCAGACUUUUUGUUAAAACAUGCUCCUUUGAGAUUAGAACAAGAUAAUAGAGUAGAAGCACAAGAUGCUAUUCGAAAUUUAGUAUUGAUGUUGACAUCUUUGACAAUGUGUGGACAUACCGAAUUAAAACCAAGUCAAGCCAGUAUGGGUUCGUUAUUUCAAAUGCUUGGAUUUACCUUACCUCAACCAAGUAACAGAGGAGGAAGUGUUCGAAAUAUUCAAGCAUUUCAAGUCUUACAAUCUGUAUUUGUCAAGUCCAAUUCGUCACUUCUCUGCUGUACUAUUCUUGAUGCUAUUUCUAGUGUUUAUCACAGCGAUAAUGCUAAUUAUUUUAUAUUGGAAGGACAGAACACUUUGUCACAAUUUGCAGAAAAGAUUCAUUUGAAAAAUGUAGAAAUACAACAGAAGUUUUUUCAGCUGUUGGAAUUCAUAGUAUUUCAACUUAAUUUUGUGCCUUGUAAAGAACUUAUAUCCUUAUCUAUAUUACUCACGGCAAAUAUUUCUGUUACUUGUAGUAUCAUGUGUAUGGAAACGCUCCUGAAUAUACUUAGACACAAUACAAUUUUUAAGGAUGUAUACAGAGAAGUAGGCAUGUUGGAAGUAUUUGUUACUUGUCUUCAUCGUUAUGCCACAUUACUUAAAGACAAACAGGCUGCACAGGACCAAGGACAAGAAUAUAAAAUAUGCCCAGAAGAUGAACGUUUGGGUGCCUUAGUUAUGGAAGCUUUGACAACUUUAUUAGCUGGAAAUGUACAGAACGCAAAUGUUUUCAGAGAAUGUGGUGGAGCACGCUGUGCCCAUAAUCUUGUAGUAUAUACAGAUUGUCGUUACCCUGCACUUGGAAUAGUAAGAGAAUUAAUUCUUAGUGCUGGUGGUGACGAUGAUAUGGCAACUUUACUAAGACUUAUGCAUUCUGCACCUCCAAAUGCUUUGGUCUUAAAAACACAUAUAUUGAAAUCAUUACUAGCGUGCCUACGAGAGUCCCAUCGUACAAGAACAGUAUUUCGUAAAGUUAGUGGAUUUGUCUACGUUAUGUCAGUACUUAUUUCUCUAGAGGGUCAACUUGGACAACAAAUAGAAAACAAUACUGAGCCUUGUAAUGAUGUUGUGCAAAGAACUCCGCAAGAUGAAAUACAAUUAUUAACAUUAUUACACGUGGUGUUCCAUACAAUAAGUACAGCAAUGCGUUUCGAGCCCGCAAAUGCGAAAUUUUUUCAUCACGAGAUAUGUCAAUCAAGUCUAUGUGAUACAUUACGACUUCUUGGAUGUUUUUCAACACAAAUUAAACUGGCUGAAAUGAAUAUAAUACCUACUAUGAAUUACCACAAUAUGUUAUCGACUCUUUUUACUGGAAAUGUAUUAGAGCCAGCAUUUCCGGAUAACAUGUCAAGGACAUUAGCAUAUGCAUGUUUGCUAUUAAGACUUCUAUACGAUGUUGCACUUGAUGCUUUUGAUAAACCUAAUAUGGCAGGCAUUUCUAUGAGAUCACCGAGUCAUAAACAAGCUAGUUUAGAACAACAAAAAUCUUUUGACUCUCCUGGAAGUGGAAAGAGAUGUGCCAUAAAUCCUUUAAAUCUAAGUCCUCCUACUCCUGAGCCUAUUGUAGUUCACCCUGGCAUUGUAGUUGGGAUGCUUCAUUUACUUCCAUCGAUAUCCGAUCAUUCAAAUUCACAACUUGCAUUGGCCCUACAAUUAUACAUAGCAGAAAUUAUUAAAAGUUUAGUGCGUUCCGAAAGAAAUCAACAAGUGAUGUGCGAAUCUGGUAUGGCUGGAGAAUUGUUAUCUAUGGGUAGAAUUGCUCUGCAAGAUGAAAUACAUCCUUUACAUCAACCACUGCAAUAUAUAAUAGAGAGACUUGCUGCUCAAUCUCUGGAACCUCGAGAUUUAAGAGAAUUUUUACGUUUGGGAGAUCCUCUAUGUUGUAUUUCUCUUGAUGAUAUUGAACCGAACAAACCAAGAGGAGGACCAGUGCCUCUAACACGUAUUAAAACUUUGGUAUCCAUGACGACUCCUAAAGAUUUCCGAGCUCAUGGUUCCUGUACUUUACCACCGUUUGUUGAAUUAGACAUGAGUUCAGAAGGAUUUGCCUGUUUGUAUUUACCAAGUAUUGCACCUCAGAGUACAACUCCACCUACAGUAGUAACCGCUGACAACAGUGUGCUUGGAGGAAUUGGUUCUGGUGAUAGAUUAUUUCCACCACAAACUGGUUUAACAUUCAGUACAUGGAUAUGUAUUGAUAAGUUUAGUGAUCCUAGAACAGAUCCUCAUUGUGUAAGAUUAUUAACAUUAGUACGUACUCCUCAAUCUUCAAGAGAUUUAAUUUGUUUGAUUGCUGUUCUCAGUGCUAGAGAUAAGGCUAUAAUUGUUUCUACGCAAGAAACAGCUAUGCCUCAGAAUGUUGGAGAAUGGGAACCAGAAGGUACAGGGGAGUGUGGAGCUAGAGUUUGGUGUCCUGAUUUAUUACACGAAGGACAAUGGCAUCAUAUAGCAAUUGUAUUAAAUCGUGCUGUUUUAAAAAAUUCAAGUUUUUCGUUAUAUUUAGACGGGCAGCACAUUCAUAGUCAAAAGCUUCAUUACAUCACUCAAGUUCCGGGUGGUGGAGCAGCUAAUUUAACAGUUGCUUCACCAGUUUAUGGGUACAUUGGUACACCACCUUGUUGGAGACGAUAUUCCAGGCUUACUUGGAAACAAGGGCCAUGUCACUUAGUCGAAGAAGUAUUCAAUUCUCAAAAUAUUGCAGCUUUGUUCAGACUAGGUCCACAUUAUAUGGGAAGUUUACAAGCUCCACAGUUAUCAGGUCCAGAACCUUUGUCAGCUCUCGUAGUUGAAGAAAAACUGGUCUUUGGAUUAAAUGCGAAAGCAAUGUCUCAGCUGACAUUGGCUAAAAUUAGGAAAGUCUACAGUAAAGCUGAUAAUAAGUCAAUUGCCAAACAGCUUGGUAUGUCAUCUCAUGAAAAUGCCACGCCGAUUAGAGUACUUCACAAUUCUGCAGGCCAUCUUAGUGGACCAGCACGAGCUUUAGGCGGUGUGGUCGUUGGUUACUUAGGAGUGCGAGUUUUUAAUCCUCGUCCUGUAGCAACUACGAUUGAUAAUGUCGGAGGAUGUUCAGUUUUAUUAGGUCUAAUUGCUAUGGCACAAGACGUAGAAUCUCUCUAUGCAGCAGUUAAAGCAUUAGUGUGUGUUGUCAGAUCAAAUCAGGCUGCGCAACAAGAAAUGGAUCGUCGUAGAGGAUAUCAAACAUUAGCCAUGUUAUUAAGAAGAAAAUGUCCUCUUUUGAAUAGUCAUAUAUUACAUCUGACAUUUAGUCUUGUUGGUACAGUAGACAGUGGUAGAGAAACCAGUGCAAUUCCUAAUGUUACAGCAUUUCAAGAUCUUUUAUGUGAUCUACAGGUUUGGCAUGAAGCACCUGGAGAAUUAUUAAGAUCUCUUUUAGAACACUUAUAUGAGUUAAUAGCAGAAUCUAGCGAGAAACGUACAAAUUUACGAUUAAUGAGGGAUUUGCAAUUAGUACAUAAAUUGUUACAUAUUCUUAGUGAUGUUAAACAAAACAGCACACGACAGGUUUUACUGGCUUUACUUAGUAUAUUGUUAAGUCAGCCAAGACAGGCUGAUUUACUCUGGUUUGGUCAAUUCAUUGUAGCUACUUUACCAUUAAAUUCCGAAAAGCAUUUAAUUCUUCGAGAAAGUGAAGGAAAUAAAGAGGGAGAGGGUGAAUGUAUACUUUUACGAAAUCGUUGCUUACAACUUUUACACUCUCUCUUAUUUACUGGUGCCAAAGUGAAUAUAAAUAUGUGUGAAGAAUUAGCCAAAGUGUUAGGCCUAGAUUGGAUAUUAUUAUUUCUUCAACCUAGUCUUCAUAGUACUACUGUUAUUUGGGGAUUACGUAUACUUGUUGCUGUGUGUUCAGUACAGUCAAUUCUACAAAAAUUCAAAGAAGGCACUAUUAAUGGUGGUUGGCUACGUCAUACUGAUCAUAAUAAAAUGGCACUAGCACUUGGAUGUCAUCAACAAAUGUCCGGUGGUGAUGUUAAGCCUUCAAGUCUUCAUGUACCAGGAUUUCAACAUCUUGGAUGGUUACUACCACAACAUAUUGAUCUAGUUCCCGAACUUUAUUUUCUUUUCAUUUCUCUUAUGAUGGGACAACCAAUUAAAUUAUUACCGAUGGACUCCAAACUUGAUUUAAAUAAUGUAUGGAAUUUCAUGUUUGGUGUAUCUCCAAAUAAUGCUCCAUCUUCUUUAGCUAGCAGAAUAAAUCUUUGUCCAGAAGCUGUAGUAACAUUAUUAGUCAUGGUGCGAACUAUGCUGAACAACCAUUCAAAUAAUCCAGAAUUACUACCUGUUUGGUUAACUGAGUAUCCAGUGACAAUAAUACAGUUCCUAUUUUUUCUCUACCAUAAUUUCACCGACUUCAUGCAAGUGUUUAUGUCUGCUGAUGUUUUGGGAGCAUUAGCUGGUACCUUGUUUCCAAAACCUCCAAGUUCUAGUCAAGAUAGUAGUGGCGCGAGUACACCAGCAGAUGAGCAACAACCAGUAUUGGUAAGAUCUCCAUCAAAAGAUAUCGGAUUGACAAAUCAUCCUGCAAAAAAAUUUGUAAUGGACUUUUUAAGAGUCAUCAUCGUAGACUCUCUUUCUUUACCAGUAACAGUAAAAUCUCCACCAGCUAUAGAUCUUGUUCUAGAGGCAUGGCCAGAACAUGCAUCAGUGGGACAACAAAUAUGUUAUCAAACGGAAGUUUUAUCUAUUUUAAUGGAACAUCUUUUAGCUGCGGACGUAUUGAUCGGCGAACAAGCUGCACUUCCUAUUGUACCUGGUGGUUCUGUUAAUAAUAUCACUAGUAAUGUUUGUUAUGUUGUGGCUAGAAUAGUAGAUAAAUUAUGGCAAGAUGUAUUGACGAAGGAUCCACACGAAGUAUUUGAUUUUAUUAUUAAACUAAUUGGGCAAGCUAAAAGACGGUCUGGCGUAGUCAGUAUGGAAAGUCUUCAUCACUGCCUGAAUAGAACAAUUUUAUAUUUAUUAUCAAGGGCAACAGUCAAUUCUAUAGCCGAACAAAUGUCUGUACUAGAAGCAUUACAUAAACUUACUACUCACAGCUUUUACAGAGUAUUGGUAUUUGGAGCUGGAAAUCAUGAGUUAGAAUUUAUUGGUUGUCUCACCUAUUGUUUAUUGCAAAUAACAGCCGAAAUAAAAAUUAUGUUAGAUACUAAUAUGAAAACAACGUGGCACGUUAAUCCACAAGUUGAAUUUUGCGAUGAAAAAUUAAUGUCUCAUCAGGGUCACAAUUUAAUCUCUAUAGCAGCGGCCAGGGUUUGGGAAGAGCUAUAUGUAUGCAAGAAACCUGCUAUAGAAGAAGUUUCUAAAAUAACUCUUCCGCCACCUGUAGGUAAUGAACGUGCACCAGAAUUAUCAGUAGUCAGAGACCAUGUAUUUGAAGCUACGGCAAGACUCUGGGCGAGCUAUGUAUCUCUCGAAAGAAAAGCUUCUUACAGAGUACCUUGGGAACUUCACAAUCACAUACAAUCGAAAAUUCAAAAAGUGACAGGAGGUUUAACAAGAUUAGCAAGUCGAACGAAAGUUAGAAAAGAAGAAUCUGUGCGCGUUAAACUUAGAUUGCGUCAAAAUACGGUAGCCCAAUGGACAGAACAACAUAUUGCAUUAGUUAGAGAACUUGCUGCAGCAAAAAAAUUACAACAUCAACAAACCAAUCAGCAUACACAACGCUACGUGUAUCAAGAAUGGUUGCAAACAGAAACAGAAUUAACGAGAGAACGUGGUUUAUGGGGACCACCAGUUCCUACUAAACUAGACAAGUGGAUGUUAGAUAUGACUGAAGGGCCUUGUAGGAUGCGUAAAAAAAUGAUGAAAAACGAUCUUUUUUAUAUUCAUUAUCCAUAUCGGCCUGAACUAGAACAUCCAGAUAAUAAACAGUUAAAGUACAAAGUGGCUACAAGCACAGAUAGCAAGGAGUAUUAUUUAAAACAACUUGGUAAUUCAUCUGGUAUGUUCGAACGAGAACGCGAUCCUGUAAUAGACGAUACCCCAUUAAAUGUUAACGAAACAUCUACGGAAAACGAACCACCGAUGGUAACAUGUACGUUAGAACGUCAUGCAAGUGAGCCAGAUGAAGUACAAGAAGAUAAUGAACAAGAAGAAGAGAAUAAUCAAACGAUUCCAGAUAAUCAAACAUUAUUAAGAUUAUUAGAAGAACAUGAAAAAAUCAGUCACAUGUUUAGGUGCGCAAGGAUUCAAGGUUUAGAUACAACAGAAGGACUUCUAUUAUUUGGAAAAGAACACUUUUAUGUAAUAGAUGGUUUCACCCUUUUGAAGUCUAGAGAAAUUAGAGAUAUCGAAAGUUUACCGGAAGCUUAUGAACCGAUUUUACCCUCACCAGGCUCUCCUAGAAGAUCUAGGGCAAUGCGACAAUGUUCGAAAUUUAAUUAUGAAGAUAUAAGAGAAGUGCAUAAGAGAAGAUAUUUAUUACAACCAAUGGCAUUAGAAGUAUUUAGUGGCGAUGGAAGAAAUUAUUUAUUGGCUUUUCCACGAAAAGUGAGGAAUAAAGUAUACCAAAGAUUUAUGACUUUUGCAACUGCUAUCGCUGAUAGUGCACAACAGUCUGUAGCUGGUCAGAAAAGAACAGCGAAUGUAGAACAGGCCACAGGUUUAUUAUCUAAUCUUAUAGGAGAAACAUCAGUUACCCAACGAUGGGUGCGAGGAGAAAUAUCAAAUUUCCAAUAUUUGAUGCAUCUUAAUACUUUAGCUGGUCGUAGUUACAACGAUCUUAUGCAAUAUCCAAUAUUUCCUUGGAUCUUAGCUGAUUAUGAUAGCGAAGAGUUAGAUUUAACAGACCCAUUAACAUUCAGAGAUUUUAGUAAACCUAUGGGUGCACAAAGUCCUGAACGGUUACUACAAUUUAGAAAAAGAUAUAAAGAAUGGGAUGACCCACAUGGCGAAACUCCACCUUACCAUUACGGAACUCAUUAUUCUUCAGCUAUGAUAGUAUGUUCCUACUUGGUAAGAAUGGAACCUUUUACACAACACUUUUUACGACUACAGGGUGGUCACUUCGAUUUGGCAGACAGAAUGUUUAAUAGCGUAAAAGAAGCUUGGCUGUCUGCAUCUAAACAUAAUAUGGCUGAUGUAAAAGAACUCAUACCAGAGUUCUUUUAUCUUCCAGAAUUUCUUGUCAAUUCAAACCAUUUUGAUCUAGGUUCUAAACAAAGUGGUGUACAACUUGGAGAUAUUGUGCUUCCACCAUGGGCUAAACAAGAUCCACGAGAAUUUAUACGUGCUCAUAGACUUGCAUUAGAAUGCGAUUACGUUUCACAGCAUCUUCAUCAGUGGAUUGAUUUGAUAUUUGGAUGUAAACAAAAUGGACCUGCAGCUGUUGAAGCUGUCAAUGUUUUUCAUCAUCUUUUCUAUGAAGGCAAUGUCGAUAUUUACAAUAUUGAUGACCCUUUAAAGAAAAACGCCACUAUCGGUUUUAUAAAUAAUUUUGGUCAAAUACCGAAACAGUUAUUUAAGAAGCCACAUCCUGCUAAAAAGAUGACACAAAGAAUUAGUGUCAUAGAUCCUGGACCUAUUACACCGGGCUUAAGUAUUACUACAUCUGAUAAAUUAUUUUUUCAUAAUCUUGAUAAUUUAAAACCAUCACUUCAACCUAUUAAAGAGUUGAAAGGUCCUGUUGGGCAAAUACUUCACGUCGAUAAAGCUGUGUUAGCGGUCGAACAAAAUAAAACACUUAUUCCACCAUCUUACAAUAAAUACGUCGCAUGGGGUUUUGCUGACCACUCUUUGAGGAUAGGCAAUUAUGACAGCGAUAAGGCAAUAUUUGUAUGCGAAGCUAUGAUGCAAAGCAGUGGUGAAAUUGUAGCUUGCGUUUGUCCGUCAUCUAAAUUGAUAGUAACAGCAGGAACAAGUUCUGUUGUGAUUGUAUGGGAAUAUGCGAAACGUCAACUGUCUAUAAAACAAUGUUUAUAUGGACAUACAGAUGCUGUAACUUGUUUAUCAUCUAGUACAGCAUACAACGUUAUUGUAUCAGGUUCAAGAGAUGGUACUGCAAUUAUUUGGGAUUUAUCCCGAUGUUUAUUCGUUCGCCAACUUCGAGGACACGCAGGUCCUGUAGCUGCGGUGGCUAUCAACGAGUUAACAGGCGAUAUAGCAACUUGUGCUGCUACGUGGCUACACGUUUGGAGUAUAAAUGGAGAAGAGUUAGCGAGUGUGAACACAUGUGUUGGAAGAGCUGAUAGAAUGCAACAGAUUUUGUGUGUUGCAUUCAGUCAGACGCACGAAUGGGAUUCACAAAAUGUAAUAAUGACUGGAUCUACGGAUGGAGUUGCACGUAUGUGGUCAAUGGAUUAUGUGCAAGUGCCUGCUGAAGAAGAACAAUCGGAAGAAGUUUAUGCAAAUAAAGAGGGACAAGAUGACACAAAUGUACAAGUAGACCAAAGCGAAAGUACAAAGAAACGAGUUCAUGAAUUUGUUAAACAAAUGAGUAUCUCUACCGAAGAAGCUGGAAUGUUAAUGAAAAGUGGAUCAGAAAGUAGCCUCUCUGAACCAGAAAAUACCAAAGAAGCUUCCAGAGCCCACGAGGAAAAAGAAGAAUGUUCGGACAAUGAAUCAAGUAAUGGUUCAAAUAACAAAUCUUUAUCACAUUGUAACCAUCCUACUGCAGUUAUAUUGAGACGAAAGAGUCGAGGAAAUCCAAUGUUUAGAAAAAGUGAAGGAGGAGGACGUGCUGAUAGCGAAGGAACACAAACAAGCAAAUUACACAACAACUCUGGAGAUACGGAAGGAGCUUUGAGAACUAGUAAAAGUGAUACUAGUUUAACAGAUAGUUUUGUAAUGGUUAAUGAAUCUGAUACAAAACCUAAAAAGAUCAAUCCACAAAAUGUUUUAAGAGAUGGUUUUAAGUGGCAAAGGCAAUUAGUCUUUCGAAGUAAAUUGACAAUGCAUACUGCCUACGAUCGUAAAGAUAAUGCUGAGCCAGCUUCUAUUACAGCACUAGCAGUAUCGAGAGAUCAUAAAACAGUGUAUGUUGGUGAUACACGAGGUAGAGUAUUUUCAUGGAGUGUUUGUGAACAGCCAGGUCGUACGGUUGCUGAUCAUUGGUUGAAAGAUGAAGGAGCCGAUACCUGCGUCGGAUGUUGUGUUAGAUUUAAUCUUUAUGAAAGGAAACAUCACUGUCGGAAUUGUGGUCUAGUUUUCUGCUCUAGAUGUAGCAGAUUUGAAUCUAAAAUUUCAAGACUUGGAAUUUUAAAACCUGUUAGAGUUUGUCAAGGUUGCUAUUCGUCAUUACAUUCUCAAUCUUCUAUCGAGAAUAAUACUUAAUAUAAUAAUAUUAAUAAUAUAAUAACGAUUAAAAAUAAUAAUUAAUUAUAACAAUAUCUUCUCUGGAUCAGCUUAAUUAUUAGGAUGUUGAAUAAGUUCUCGGUGUUUUUUCGUGAAAAUUAAUGCUUUAUUUUUAAAAAAUUAGUAAAAAACAUGCCUCUGAAAUUAUUGUCCAUUGCUUGUCACUACUUUUUUCCAUCUUUCUGGCAGCAUUUGAAUUCCACGUCGGAAAAACGACACCAAAAGUCGACCCAUUUUUUGGCAUCUUCGUAAGAAUGGAAGUGCUGCUCAACCAGGGCAUCGAUCGAAACAAGUGUUAAUUGGAAAGGGCAAUGCCUAGUGAAUACGAUGGAUGGGGUAGUACUUCCCAUUUAAGCGUUUCCAAGUAGAUUUUCACCGGUUGUGCAACACGUGGCCAAGCAUUGUCAUGUUGCAAAAUCACUUUGUCAUGUCUUUACUCGUAUAACGGCCGUUUUUCCUUCAAUUUUUGACUCAAACGCAUUUAUUGUAGUCUGUUGCGAUUUGUUUGAGCAGCUUAUAAGAAACUACACUCACCUGACCCCACCAAAUGCAGAGCGAAGUUUAGAACCAUGGAUAUUCGGCUUUGGGUUAUCGUAGAGUAUUCACUUUUCAUCGCUAUUUACAAUACGAUGUAAAAAACCUUUUUCUCUCUACCGUUGAAGCAGCUGUUCACACGUGAAAAGACGCGUUCGACGUCUCUCGGCUUCAACUCGUAUGGCACUCAAUGUCCUUGCUUGUUAAUCAUUCCUAAUGCUUUCUAACGUUUCGAAAUUGUUGUGUGAUUCUGUGAAUUCCUAGUGAUUCUGCAAUUUAGCUUGCAUCUGACAUGAAUCAAAAAAAUCGAAAUUCAACAUGUUUAAUACUAUGAAAAAAUAAGUUGUUUACACUUUGGCGAAAUGACUUAAACUAAAUUUCAAAUUUGCUUAUAAUACUUCUUUAUGGAUGCGUUAUAUAUACUAUCUUAAAUUAUAUUCACGUAGUUCUCGUAACGUCAUUUGUUGGAAAACAGCGGGAAUUCAUUCAACAUCCUUAUAAAUGAUAUUGAAAAUCUUAUAAUUUUGACUACAAUAUAAACGAAAUAAUUUGUAACGACGUGUGUGUAAUAAGUAUACAUGAAAAUGAAGACGUACAGAGUUUAUUGCCUAAAGAGUUAAAAUAUGUAAAAAAGUAGAUUAAAUAUGUAAAGAGCUCUCAUUAAAAGCACAUACUGCUAAACGCGAACAUUUGAAUUCACACACAUACGAUUUAAUUUAUAAUAUUUUCAUAAACUUUUUGUACAAGAUCAUAAUUUUCUAUCAUAAAUAACACGUAUUUCAUAUUUUUUAUUGAAGAAAUUUUUAUAGUCUCUUAAGACUAUCGUAAUCUUUUUGCAUCAUUGAUAUAAUAUGUAUAUUAGAUGUUCUUCAUAUUUUAUAAUGAAAUAUAUUUAAGCGAGUAUGAGUUUAAAAAAAUUAUAUAUAUAUUUUUUCGAUACGUUCACGAAUUACAAAAAUGAACUGAGAAAAUAAUCGUUAGCGUUGCUUGUGUAAUAUUUCCUUAUUGUAAAUCUCUCUAUCUUAUAUUUACAAUGUAAGUAGUUAGUAAACAAAAAAUACUAACGCAUAAUAUUGGGACGUCGGAUAAGUUCUCGCUGUUUUCUAAUAGAUGAAGUUAUCAGAACUAUGUAUGUUUAAGUUGGUAGCAUAUCUAUAAAGAAGUACUAUAAGCAAGCUUGAAAUUCAGAUCCAUUCCAUUGGAAUCUGCUGUCCCGCUCCAGAAAGAAGAUAAGACAUCCAUAACAUGAAGAUACAUUCCACUAACUUGACUUGAACCGCCCGUUGGAAAACUGAUUGUCACUAUCUGCAGUACCACCAUGAAACUCUGUGACUGGUGCUGCAUUUUUUAUUUACUUCUUCAAACUAUUUCAAUGAAAAAAUCUGUUAUCAAAUAUCUGAGUGAAUUAUUUGAAAUAUUUUGUUAUACCCGGCAUACCCCAGUGUACCCCAGUAUAUGUAAGAAUUAGUUGAAGCCGAUAGGCAUCGAACGACUUCUUUUCACGUGUGAACAGUUGCUUCAACGAUAGAAAAGGAAGGGUCUAUUGCAUCGUAUCGUGACUGACGAUGACAAGUGGAUACACUACCAUAAUCUCAAGAGUAGAAAAGGCUGGGAUAAGCCCGGCCAUUCAUUAACAUCGUCGGCAAAGCCGAAUAUCCAUUGUUUCAAACUUCUGCUCUGCAUUUGGUGGGGUCAGGUGAGUGUAGUUUCUUAUAAACUGCUCAAACUAAAUGAAACCAUCACGGAAAAUCGCAACGGACUACAAUAAAUGCGUUUGAGUCAAAAAUUGAAAGAAAAACGGCCGUUAUACGAGUAAAGACAUGACAAAGUGAUUUUGCAACAUGACAAUGCUUGGCCACGUGUUGCACAACCGGUGAAAAUCUACUUGGAAACGCUUAAAUGGGAAGUACUACCCCAUCCAUCGUAUUCACUAGGCAUUGCCCUUUCCAAUUAACACUUGUUUCGAUCGAUGCCCUGGUUGAGCAGCACUUCCAUUCUUACGAAGAUGCCAAAAAAUGGGUCGACUUUUGGUGUCGUUUUUCCGACGUGGAAUUCAAAUGCUGCCAGAAAGAUGGAAAAAAGUAGUGACAAGCAAUGGACAAUAAUUUCAGAGGCAUGUUUUUUACUAAUUUUUUAAAAAUAAAGCAUUAAUUUUCACGAAAAAAUAGCGAGAAUUUAUUCACCAUCCCAAUAUAUCAUAUGCUUUUAUAUGCUUGAAAAAUGAACGGCAGUAUUUAAAUGAAUAUAUAUACGAUAUUAAUUGCGCAAUUAAUUUGUUAUAUUACAAAUAGCAGAAAAAUGUGUUAGUAAACAAAGCAAGCUCUUAUUAAUCAUACAACAAAAUAUUAUGAUGUGUAUCACUUAUGAGAGACUUCUAUUCAAACGACAUAGAUUUUAAAUUUUACAAUAGACAAUACCUUAUCUGCAUAAAGUGUUUUUAUUGAUAAGCUAGUUAAGCAAAAUUGUAAAAUUUAAAAUCGGUAAUAGUAAUUCUAAGCAAUGGAAUAAAUGUGAAUGGAAACUUUUAGUUAAGGAUUGGAUCGGUAACUUUUUAUUAGUAAAAGAAAAAAAAUUAACUAUGUUUAUUGUGUUAUUUUAAUGUAUAUUAAAGAAUAUAAAAAAAAGAAAAAAUACUGCAUUUUAAGAGAUGGUCAAAGCAGAUAUUUAAAGUUUGAUAUAUAUAUAAAAAAAGAAAAAGAAAAAACAAGAGCAGCCAGAAAAUGAAUCUUUUACAAAUCUUUAAAUUAUACUUGGGAUGUGUGUGGACUGUAAAAUUUGUCUUAUUAUUCAAAAUAAUGAAUACCAAUGUUUUUGUAUUCUAUUGAAAUACUACUUCCAUUUUUCUAAAGGCACAAAUUUUAUAGAUGAAAAUAUGAAAAAUGUAUGCUCACUAUAAUACGUGUAAGCGGAAUGAAUGUAAUUUAAGGGAUUCAAUCUUUUGGUAUCAUACAUUUUGUAGUACUAUCGUUACUAGUCAAAUAUUUCCAAAAUUAGCGAGACGAAUUCUUUUUAUUUCUUUUUUUAUUUUUUUUAAAUACAAGUUAAACAAAAUGUAGCGUGGUAUAAAUGUGAUGGUUUAAAAGAGCAUUGCGUAUAUAUAUAAAUUAUCCAUAAAUGCAGACAUAACACAUGUAUAUGUUACUACGUAUUCUAUUCGAGUAAUGUCAAUGUCGUAACCAGACUAUUUUCAGAAAAAACAUUGUGGGUUUCUGUAAAUUUUAUUUUUUUACUUCUAUUUAUAUAUAUAUAGAGAGAAAGAGAAAGAGAAAGAGAGAGAGUGAGAGAGUAAGAGAGAGAGAGAGAGAGAGAGAGAGAGAGAGAGAGAGAGAGAGAGAGAAAUAAAGAAAGAAAGGAUUUCUAGAGGUGUAACUUUGAAUGUAAAAUCUACGAGUAAAAAGUCUACUUCCAAAUGUCACUUCGUAAAAAAAUAUAAAGUUCAUAUUUCACGAACGGAACAUAAAAAAAGAAAAGACUAAAGAAAAGAAACAGAAAAGACAUCUUUUAAUAAAUUCAUUAUCUACUAAAACAUACGCCUGGCGUACCGAGAUUUGAAUAGACAAGCUCUCCACGAUGUAUAUCAUUUAUUAUUAUUUAGUUGCAAAAUAAUUAAUGUACAUAUUAGAGGGUGCAAUUUCUAGUCAUAGGCAUUCUGAAUGCCUUUUCAGUUUAUUAUUAUUAUUAUUAAAUGGAUUAUUUUUUUCCUUUACAGUUUCAAACAGUAUUAUUUAUUAUAUUUAAAUUAAUAUAUGUUCUUUACCAUACAUUUAUCACAUUUACAAUAAGAGAAUAAUGAAUAUUCAAUGUAAUUAAUUAUAUUAUGCAUUUUACUAUAUCGAUUUUAAACCAUUCUAUUCUUCUAAUUAGAAAUCAUUCUGUGCUGUGCUGUUGUUAAAAACUAUAAUAAUUAGAUGAGAACAGAUAUAUAAUAUAAAGAAAGAAAGAAAGAAAGAAAAAAAAACAAAACAUAAUAUUUAUCUCAUAUACAUGAACCGUAUUGUAUUAAGUUUAUGUUAGUUUAUAAGAGCAUACUUUGUAAUUUAGGACAAACAUGGAUAUUUUAGCGAUUUUUCCU